AUGGACGACAUGCUUGUAAACGAAGCUGCGGUGAUGGGGACUGUCCACCAUGUGGAGAGAUGUGUCUCAGAACAUCUACUUGCUUAUGCUAUUUAUUUGUGGUUCCCUGUGGUGCUGAGAAGAACCAAAAGCCCCCUAGAUGUCGUAAAUUGUGUGGUAUGCCUCCUUUAUGUAGGCAUGGAUCAGACAGCAAGAUGUCAUGGUACAAGAUCACCACCUAACCCAGAAUUCACAUUGAAACCAAAGAAAAAGAAACCAAAUCAUCAGAGUGAAUGUACUAGAGUCUUCCUGCCCUUCUUGCCCAGAACUUGUUGCCAGCACCUUGAAGCAGAGAGGAUGAAGGUCUGCUCAAACAUAACACUGUUUUCUUGUGAUAAUUUGUGCUGGAAUCCUCUGCCUUGUGGCAAUCACUAUCGUACGAAAACUCGUCUUGCUUUGAAGAGCCAGUCUGCAAAAUCAUUGGCUCAGCACAAUGGGCAGCCUUUUGAAGAGUGUCAUCUUCCUUGUGAAAAGUUAUGCAGGAAGUUGCCCAAUUGUAUGUAUCUAUUUGCAGAGACCUGUCAUCCUGGUCAAUGCUCGCCAUCUGACAAAUACAGCAGAAAGGUUACUGUCCGUUUUCAAUGCCAAAAUUGAGAAAAGAGUGGCUAUGCCUAGAUGUUCAAGCAACCUAUCACAAAGCAGGUCGUGAUCCCAAAGAUGUAUCUUAAAAAUCACUUUGGAAUUGGACUUCUUCCUUGAAAUUCUGAUUGCAAGAGUAAAGGUUGUGGAUCAGGAAUUGCAUUUGCACAAGUCAAAAGUUUUGGAGAAUUUUCUACUUGGUGAUUAGCUCUGGUCACCCAAGAAGAAAGAUACAAUAGACCUGAGGCCCCCAGACAAAAUGAAGAAGGACGUGCUGUUUAGGUCUUUAGUGUUUUUCCAGUAAAGUUAAAAGACUGCCCUAUAGUGUGAUUUGGACACUUGUAAAAAAAGCUGAUGAAGACACACAGGAGUCAGUAUCGACCUUCAAACCUAGUCUAUUUUGCACGUUUGACUUGGUCCCUUAAUAUUUUUUUUACUUCUUCCACUCUCUUACUUGGGCGAAACGUCUACAAUACUAAGUAAAAGACAAAGGUGGGUUCUGAACUUCUGUCAAUGGCGUAGAGUUGCUACUUUUCUUGUGUGGAUGUCAUCAUAUAAUGAGCCCAACGAUUCUAAAUAUUACUCUUUGUUUGGACGAUGAUUUAUCAUGAUUUUAUAUUAUAUAAUAUAAUUAAAUUUUUUAUUUA